UCAAAGUUGAGCCAUCAGUUAGGAAACAUGGUUGUGUAACAGCCCGGCUACAGCUUGUCUUUUUUUUUUUUACCUCAGUCUUUCACAACAGCACUGCUCAGGCUCCGGCUCGGCGCUAGCGGACAUCAGGACACAAACAUGUUACUCUCUUCAGCGCGGACGGCGAUUUUUUACGGUUGCAGAAAUUCUGGCAAAGGUUUUCAACACAGUGGUCGGAGUCCACAGCUACGACAAUGGCUUGUGAAGAGAGGUCAGAGCACCAUCACAGUAGAGGCGGUGGCCUCCUCUGCACGGGCAGCAGCUACUGUCCCCAACGCAGCCACAAAUCGCAUAGUAGGCCGCUGGUUACUCGGCUGUAGCGGACUUGUGGUCGGGGCUAUUGUCUUGGGGGGUGUCACAAGGCUCACAGAAUCUGGGCUUUCCAUGGUUGACUGGCAUCUGGUGAGAGAGAUGAAGCCACCUCAGUCACAAGCAGAGUGGGAGGCUGAGUUUUCCAAGUACCAGCAGUUUCCUGAAUUUAAAAUAAUGAACCAUGACAUGACUCUACCAGAGUUUAAGUUUAUCUUCUACAUGGAGUGGGGCCAUCGUAUGUGGGGUAGGCUGGUUGGACUUGCGUACAUCCUCCCCACCGUUUACUUCUGGAGGAAAGGAUACUUUAAUCGCUCCAUGAAGGGAAAAGUGCUGGGGCUUUGCGGAUUUGUCUUCUUCCAGGGCCUUCUGGGGUGGUACAUGGUAAAGAGCGGUCUGGAGGAGAAGCCAGAGUCUCACGACAUCCCGCGGGUCAGCCAGUAUCGUCUGAGUGCUCACCUUGGUUCUGCCUUGUUGCUCUACUGCGCCAGUCUCUGGACGGGGCUUACUCUGCUGCUGCCUGCAUACAAGCUGACAGAAACCAAACGUCUCCUGCAACUUAGGAGGUAUGCCAAGGGUACCGGUGGACUCGUCUUCCUCACUGCUCUUUCAGGUGCUUUUGUUGCUGGUUUGGAUGCUGGGCUGGUGUAUAACUCCUUCCCUAAGAUGGGAGAACGAUGGAUCCCUGAUGACCUGUUGGCAUUCUCGCCUACCCUUAAGAACUUCUUUGAAAAUCCCACGACUGUGCAGUUCGACCAUAGGAUUUUGGCGAUUUCCUCUUUGACUGCGAUUACAGGCCUGUAUCUGUUCUCAAGGAGGAUGGUGCUGCCCAGGAGGGCUAAGAUUGCAAUCAGCCUCCUCGCAGCAAUGGCCUAUGGACAGGUCGCCCUCGGUAUCAGCACCCUGUUACUGUAUGUCCCCACUCAACUGGCAGCAACUCACCAGUCUGGCUCUGUCGCUCUUCUGUCACUGGCCAUUUGGGUUCUGGCAGAGCUCCGCAAGAUGCCCAAGUAAAUGCCUGCUACUUUUAUGGACAAAUCUAAUCCCUACUAGCCACACCUCAUGCCUCUAAGAGUCAGCAGUGUCAUUGUGAACAAGGUCUUCAGAGAAGAAGAGUGAAAAAAUUGAGGCGUUAAAAAAUGAGAAAUGUUGUUGAUUUAACACUGGACUUUUAUGCAUAUGCUGAAGCAUCAGUCCUGUGGUGCUGCUAAGUAAUCUUCAUGUGGUGAUACUGAAUAAUCGCAUUAUAGCAGGGUGCAGUGUUAAGAGUGGAUGAAUGUUGUCAUAAGAAGGUGACAACAUAGCGUGAGGUGUUUUGUUUUGGAAAGAAUUUAAUGAAGACAUGCAAAAGCAAAAACAAGCAAAUUUGAAGUUUCUAUCCAGCUUUAAUGUCACAGCAACAGGAUUUCCAGUGAAGAGUACACAUAUUUGGUUUGCAGCCAGAAUUCUGCAGGAAUACAUUAAAUUAAGACAUGAGACUGCAUUACUGUUUUUGUUGAUGUUCAAAAUUUGCUUGCUAGCACAGGUGAUUGCUGACCUGUAGCCUUAUGACUAUCCAUACACUGCCUGCUAGUUGAAUCAGAUGUGGCUGUUGGGAUUAUAUGUAUAAUUAUGUAUAUUUAAGUUAUUAUCAAUUUCUUGCUGACUUUGUGAUUAAUUAUAAGGUAGAAAAAUGUGGAUUCUUGAUUGUUGCUUUGUGCUGAAUUUAUAGAAAUGUAAAACAAAGCACUGUCUUAUUUUAAUAAAGAAAAUGUAAAAUUCAAACUCAA